UGGAGUCGUGCGUCCUCGUCUCGUGCGUCGUGGUGAUCGGAGCUUCCAGAGGACAGAAAGCUUUUUUGCACUGUUGCUGCUGCAGGUACUUCACUGCUCGACUCGGACUGAUCAGGUGAAAGGAUGGCAAACUCUGACAGACCCACCACCGUAAUCGCGGACGUCUACAGGGGAACAUUUAUCCACUCGACUCAAACCACGGCGGUACAGAUCCUGGAAGAUGCGCUCUUGGGAGUGGACACACAGGGAAAGAUUGCUUUUAUUGGAAAAGGCAAGGAGCUAGACAAACUGUCUCAGACAUUUGGAUUCAGUCCGUCUGCAGUCACUCAACUGAAACAAUAUGAGUUCUUCAUGCCAGGAAUGGUGGACACCCACAUUCACGCAUCCCAGUACAGCUACGCUGGCACCGCCUUGGACAUGCCCUUACUGCAGUGGCUCAAUACCUACACCUUUCCUGUAGAAUCUCGCUUCAAAGAUUUGGAGUUUGCCAAAAGGGUCUACACUCAUGUAGUGAAAAGAACCCUGAGAAACGGAACAACAACUGCAUGUUACUUUGCUACAAUACAUACAGAUGCAUCUCUCCUGUUGGGCCAGAUUGCAAAUGACUUUGGACAGCGUGCCUUGGUGGGUAAGGUGUGUAUGGACAGGAACAACUCUGUGAAGCAUUACAAAGAGACCAGUCAGGAGUCUCAAGAGGAAACCUGUCGGUUCAUUGCAGAGCUCUUAAACAAAAAGUACCCCCUAGUGAAGCCAGUUGUGACUCCCCGCUUCGCUCCAUCCUGCACGGGAGCCUUGCUGGGACAACUCGGAGCAAUUGCCAAGAAUAACCACCUGCACAUUCAGAGUCAUAUCAGUGAAAACACUGAGGAAGUGAAGCUUGUAAAGGAGCUGUUUCCUGAAUCAGAGUCUUACACAGACGUCUAUCACAAAUACAACCUGCUCACUGACAAGACUGUGAUGGCCCACGGGUGCUACCUCAGUGAUAAAGAGUUGGAUCUGUUCAGAGAGACAGGAGCCUCUUUGUCUCACUGCCCCAAUUCCAACAUCUCGUUGUGCAGUGGAAUGUUAAACAUCCGCAACGUCCUGAACCACAAAGUGAAGUUGGGGCUGGGAACAGAUGUGGCGGGGGGUUAUUCAGCCUCUAUGCUGGAUGCAGUGAGGAGAGCUUUGGACACUUCCAAAGUCUUGACCAUCCAGGAUCCAGACCAUGACACGCUCACCUUUGAGGAGGUGUUCAGACUGGCCACACUGGGAGGCAGCCAAGCCUUGUCCCUGGAUGACCAAACAGGGAAUUUUGAAGUGGGCAAAGACUUUGAUGCCCUGAGGGUGGAUGUAGUUGCUCCUGGAGCACCCAUUGACCUGAUCCAGAAUGAAGACCCAAAGAUUCUGUUGGAAAAGUUCUUAAAUUUGGGUGAUGAUCGUAACAUAGUGGAGGUGUUUGUGGCCGGGAGGAACGUGGUACCAUUCACAGAGCCAACAGACUGACUGAUGGCUGCAUUAGCUGGAUCACUGCACCAUUGUAGACAAAUAAGUAAGAAAAUUAAGUAUCAUGGUAAAUAUUCGAGUGUUAAAUCCAGAGGUUAGAAUAGGUGAUGUGCUAUUUAUGAGGUUCUCUGAGGGGCAUACAAAAUUGUGGUUGAAUUCAUAUUGUUCCCAAAGUCUUAGAGCUAAUUACUGGGUUUUUAAACAGGGAAGAGGGACUUAUUAAGAGCUGUAUACAUUGCUCAUUAUUUUUGCACUCUAAAAUAUAUUCAUGCACCAGCAGUUGCUGCUGAAUGAUCCAAUUUCCAUGCUUGUGUAGCUAGAAAAUGUUUUAUAUUCGGAUGACUGAGAUUGACUUCAGUUAUAAUCACAACUCAUGCAAUUCUUUCACUGUACACUCCAUUCAAAUGGAUUCAGUCCUGUGUUUAAAAUAACACAAUCACAUGAUUGUGUUAUUUGAGGUUUUUUUUUUUUUUUGAAGAGUACAGUAUGUUUCAGAUUGCAGCAGUCAGGUUGGUGAAACUGUGGAACCCAUGAUAGAUUGUGGUCUGUUCUGUGUAUGAAUUGAAAUGAGAAUUUUAUUUUAUUAACAUUUGGCCGGACUAACUCGCAUCUGAUUCACCUCAAAAUCCACAUCCUGACCUGGUGCCUUAUUACCAGAAUCAAUUGCUAGUUUUGGUAUAUUAACUUUAGAUUUACUCAUCCAUUCCAAAUCAAAUGGUUUUACUACUGAGAUUUUUGAUUGUAAUUGUUGCCAAAAUGGAAUAUACUUAUGUAUUUAUAUCACCAUUGUCAAGUUAUCUUAAUAAGGAAAUGAAGGGAAAUUACGUGGACUGAUUGCUGAAUAUGUGUAUGUCUUAAUAAACAUGGUUGCAUUUAAGAUAAGCUUACUUUUUUAUUGUAAUAUAGUUCAUUUUUAUCACAACACAUCACUCUAUAACACCAAAUUGUAUGUGUUUAAGAUGUGAUGACGUGUCACAUCAUGGGGCUUGAAAUAAAGAAAACCACCAAGUCUG